AAGAAGAAAAUAUAAACAUAACCAACUUCUAUCCAAGUCCUCAAAAAAAUCUAUGAUCUAUGAUUAUUUUGAAUUUCGAUUUUCUGUUCGAUUAGAAUGCGGAUUAAAAAUGAUAGAUUCCAGUGACGGUAUAGCAACGGUCUUAUCUACGUUAGAUGAGGAAACCUUAUUUGCAUUAGAGAAAACUAUAACACAAGGCUUUAAAAGAAGCAGUACCACUGAAGAGGCUAUUUAUAAUAUAAUUAAGUAUUCUAAAGACAUACUCAGUAUUUUAAGACGCAAAGCUGUUACCCGAGAAAUAUUAUUUAACUACCUCGAUGCUAUUAAUGUAAAGAUUCAGUUGCCAGUAACAAAAAAUGAACUUAUUGAUAAAAUUACUGAAAUAUGGAACAUACCUCAAAUAAAUACAUUUAAUUCAGAAUCUAAUGCACUGGCUAGUGUAGAUGCUCAACAAAACUAUUUAACGGAUAGUGUUGUAGAAAUGGCACAACAAUUUUCAACGUGGUUUUACACAAUGUUAAAUUCGGGUGAAUGUGGCAGUGAGCAUUUCUUUCCAGAUGCUAAGCUUACAGUAAACAUGUAUACCAAUGAAAAUUGUGAAACAAGAUCUGUGGAAGGCAACCCGGAAGAAAUUUCACAGUACUUAACAGAUCUGCAUAACCAAAAUAACUUUUAUUUUAAUCUUAAUGAAACUGAACAGGGGAUUCAAGGUAAAAUAGAUCCUCAUGGACUAGUGAUAAUAAUGGCCUGUGGAACAAUACAUACCGAAACAGUGUGCUGUGGAGUGUUUGAACAAAUGUUUGCUUUAGCAAGAGACCCUUUAAACGACAAUAACUGGAAAGUUAAAAGAACUGAAAUUAACUUACAAUCGCAAAAUCAAGUGCUCGGUACUCCUGAAAUUUGUUACGGCGAAUCAUCUAGUUCUGUAAUACUAGCGUUCCCACCAGAAUAAUUAUUUCAUGUUAAUGUAUAUAUUUUAUUGGUAAAAUACACCUGUAAACUAGACUAGUUUAAAAAUAAC